AUGAAGUAUUUUGUGCUUCUGGUAGCUCUAGCAAUCAUAGCGGCAAUUCUAUCCUCAUACUUUAUAUCCAAAACAAUGGCAACCACGGGUGUUCUGACUGCAUCUAAACUGGCUGCGACUUCCGCGGCCGUUUCCGCAGCAACUUCUUCAGCGACUUCGGGCAAGUUUCCAUAUCCCGCGUACUUUUUCAGCCAUGGUGGGCCCACUUUCAUGUACGAGACCGACCCCAUGGGUGAUGCUGGGGCGUGGAAAACCGUGAAAAAGCUUGGAAACCACAUCAAAAACGAAUUAAAACCCGACUACAUUGUUGUGGUUUCAGCCCAUUGGCAGUCGACGGCCAGCAAUAGAGUAGAUAUUGCGGUUCCAGACAAGCCCAAUGGCCCCAACAAACUCAUAUAUGACUUCUACGGAUUCCCUGACCACAUGUACAAGGAGAAAUUUGUGCUGAACUCAUCGUUUUCGGUUGCAAAACUGGUGCAAAGUCAAUUGCAAGCCAAUGGGUUUCAGAGCGAUUUGGUGAAACGAGGCAUUGAUCACGGCGUAUGGGUGCCUUUUAAAGUGGCGUUUCUGGACUAUAACACUUUGGGUCCUCAAACAGCUCUGAAAUCAGAGUCUCCAGAUUUACUGGAUAUACCUCUAGUUCAAGUUUCGCUCACCAGCAAUGACGACGAUUUCCGGUCCCACUUCAAAUUAGGCAAGGUAUUGAGCCAUUUUAGGGAAAACCCAGUGUGGGACGAGUCCCAGAAACGAGAAUUGAGGGGAUUGGUGGUGUUUUCAGGGAUGUCUGUGCACAAUCUCCGUGACUUAUCGUCGUUCAGAAACCCAGACCAAGUCAAACCAUAUGCGAAAAAAUUCAAUGCUUUGCUCAGAGAUACUCUCGUCAACGACGACCAUCUCUUGGAAAGACUAGAAAAUUUCAAAUUGGAGCAUCGACAACUCCUUUACCAAGCACAUCCUACUCUUGAGCACUUUGCGCCUUUGGUCGCAGCCAGUGGUAUCGUUAGUGGCAAGUCGGAGCCAAUUAAAGAGCUCUAUAACAAAGAGUUAGCAUCGCUCGGAUGGGGAAUUUACCAAUUUGGAGCAUGA